CUUCAGAAGGUUGAAUCAAUUGCAACCAACCUACUUCCCAGACCACAUUUCAGCUGUCAUCUGCGACUUCCGCAUUCAGACAGCUACUUGCACGUGCCAACCGCUACUUUCCCAACAUCACCACCAAUCCAUCAUACAACAAAGAACACGCACACCAGAAAACGACAAUGGCCGGUCCCAAACUGAAGACCAGCAUUGCAAUUGUUGGCUGCGGUGACGUAGGCGCAACACUCGCCUACACACUCAUCCUCCAGCCCAUCUGCAGCGAAGUAAUUCUAGUCGACCCCAAGAAAGAGCUAUUGGAGGCACAAGUACGAGACCUAAACGAUGCCACAUACCGCGGCGGCAGUGGAGUAAAAGUGCGCGCCGGGAACCACAAGGACGCUGGGCAAGCAGACAUCGUGGUCAUCACUGCGGGAGCGAAGCAGAAGACGGGUGAAUCGCGCCUUUCCCUCCUAUCUCGAAACCUGCACAUCCUCUCCUCAAUCUUCAGCGCCAUGUCGCCCAUCAGCCCACACACCAUCCUCCUCCUCGUCGCCAACCCCGUCGACAUCCUAACCUACUUCGCACGCAAACUCUCCGGACUGCCAGAAUCGCAAGUCCUCGGCACAGGAACGUCUCUCGACUCAGCGCGCCUGCGUGGCAUCCUAGCACAGAAGACCGAAGUUGCCCCUAACAGCAUCGAUGCGUACGUGCUGGGUGAGCACGGUGAUAGCCAGUUCAUUGCGUGGAGUAGCGCGAGUGUGGGGACUACGCCGCUAAAGCUUGUUCUGGGGGAGAAGUUGGAUGAAGAGUUUAAGGUUGAGAUUGCGAGUCAUACAAGGGGAGCUGCUGGGAGUAUCAUCGCAGCAAAGGGAUGCACAGCAUACGGUAUCGGCAACAUUGCUGCGUCGAUCUGCAAAUACAUUCUCUUCGACUCGCGUUCUGUGCGUCCUGUAUCGUUUUACCAGCCCGAGCUAGGUUGCUGUCUUUCGAUGCCGGCUGUGGUAGGCAGAAAGGGUAUCGUCAAGCCGAUGCCCAUCGAGCUCGACGAGCAUGAGCAGGCUGAGCUUGAGAAAUGUGCGUAUGGGCUAAGAGGAGUCAUUGAGGGCGCAGAGAAGGAGCUUGCGGCUGAUGAAGAAUUGAAGAAGGCGUUGGAGGAAGAUAAGGGUGUUUGA